GUGAUUUUGAUAAACUUAACCAUCAAAAUAUAAAUAUUGCCAUAAAUAUCCAAAUAGACAAAAAGAAACAAACUUAGUUCAAGACUAGAUACCCAACAACUUCAAUAGAUUCCUCAAAAAGAUACAGACAGACACCAAUAACAUGCAUAUCUGCUACAAGUGUCGUAGAAACUGCAUAACAUUACUUACAGGACUUACUAUGAAGAUUGCAUCUAACACAAACAGAUCUACUUUAGCAAGAGCGUUCCCAAAUCUUCUAGCCUUCUGCCAGUAGCUCCCUGGAGCAGAAGAUUAUGAGAGCAUGAAAACAUUAGCAAUAUUUUGGAAUUGUAAUUGACAAAACCAUUUAAAUGAAGUAUCGGAUGAUAAUUACCUUGUACAUAGUAUGGCAUGAUCAUCAAUCUCCAAGGAAGACAGGCUUCACUAACACUAUGGCGAGAAUGACAUUUGGAUGAACAAGACAUGAAACAGGGCU